UCACACUAAAUUUUCUUCCAAAAAAUGAGCAGUUCCCGGAAGAGCACGCAUCCAUCGGCGGACCGCAAUUCGCAGCCCAUUGCCGAUGCCCUGGUGGCGCAGGUGGACAAAAACACGCCGAAUUUACAGUUGCUUGAGAUUGCAUCAGGAUCGGGGCAGCACGCGGGAUUUUUGGCGCCUUUUCUGCCGAACAUCAGCAUUCAGCCCACGGAAAAUGCGCGCGAAAUGUUCUCUUCCAUUUCGGCGUACGCCGCAGAUUGUGUGACGGGCAAUAUACGGGCGCCUCUGCACGUGGACAUCACAGAGGAGCCCGGGCGCUGGGAGGCGCCGCCGCAGGCCGCAAGUUACGAUUAUAUGUUUAAUUCGAAUAUGAUGCACAUCAGCCCCUGGUCCUGCAGCGUGGGACUCUUCCGGGCCGCCGGGGUGCUCCUUAAGAAGGGGGGAAAAAUGUUCACCUACGGACCGUACGCCCAGGAUGGCGUCCUGCAGCCCCAGAGCAAUGUGGACUUUGACCGCAGCCUCAGGCAAAGGAACCCCUCGUGGGGCGUGAGGGACAUCAAGGAUCUCAAGGAUUUGGCCACGGAGAAUGGCCUGCGGCUGGAGAAACUAGUUGAGAUGCCCUCUAACAAUAAAUUUCUGACCUGGCUCAAGUUGUAGGCGAGUGCAGCGGUCGCUGGUCGCGCUUA